AUGGGCUACGGUGUUCCGGAUAGUGGAGUGGAUUUUUGCUACGUGACAGUUUAUGAAGCCCACCAGCUCAUGAAGAAUGACAAGGCUGUUUUCGUGGACAGCAGAGAUGACGAUGAUUUCAGGACGACGCGAAUCCAGACUUCGUUUCACUUGUCUGCCAAUUCGCUCAUCAUGAAAGCGGGAGGAGCAGACAAAGGAUUGGUCCAGCAGUUGGUUGACCUUGUCAAUUCCGGCAAGACCCUGGUCUGUCUUAGUGAUGCUUGCGUGAAGGGCAACAUCAAUCGCGGCCACGUUUCUCGUUGUCGCCACAUUGCGCAGUAUUUGGUCGAGAUGGGUGCGGAUCGUGCGAGGAUCGUCCGCAUGACGGGCGGAAUCAACGCAUGGAAGAAGGCGCAACUCGACGGAAUCCUGGGAGAUCUGCGCCCGAUGUAUGCCGGCGUCCUCAAGGCCAGCAAUUUCGAGCCGCCCAAGGAGGGCCGGGAAGAAGAGGAGGACGAAGAGACUCGGCCACUGCGAGGCGAGAUGCCGGCGGCUGUGGGCAACGGAGGCUAUGCGAGCGUGGCCCCUCAACUGGCAGCUGGCCUGCAGGUCGAGAUCCAGGGUCUGGUCUCACGAGCGGAUCUGAAUGGCAAGAAGGCGAGGAUUCAGGAGUUUAUUCCGAGCUCCGAGCGCUGGGAGGUGGAGCUUCUAGACGAGAGCAAGGAACAUGUCCGCUGCAAGCCCGAGUGCCUCAAAGCAGUGGUGGAAGGGCCAAAGGCUGCGCCGGCUGCAGGCCCGGAGGAGUUCGUGGAGGUCGGAUGCGGCGGAACCCCUGGCGAUGGCGGUGCAAGAGAGACCUGCAAAGUCAGGUUUGUUCCUCCACGUCCCUUCCGCCAAGAUCGUCCGACUGCGUACAGAGUGUUGAAGGCCGACCUCUACAAGAAGACGACGAAAGACUCUGACAAGAUCAUCAAGGUCACACGGCCCGUCGGAUCGCUUGUGCGGACCACCGGCGAGCUCUUUGUCGGCAGCGUCGGUGGCGUUUGGGCCGAGCUGGAUGUGGUGGCCGGUGAGAAGAAAGGCUGGAUCUACAUCAAGGGCCCUGGCUUUGGAGCGAGCAGCUGCAAGAUCACCGACGAGUAUUUGCUGUCGUAG